UGUACCUGUUGUAAAUUGUCUUUCCUUCUUUCAUCCAGAAUUACAUCAAACAAAACGGACCAGAAUCCAAAACCGGGCUUCAGGAGCAAGAAUUAUGUGGUCUGAGUGUGAAGGACCGCGACACUCUGGAAGUGAUGGAGGAAGCCCGUUGUGGGGUCCCAGAUACGCGGGGGGCAGACACACGCUGGCCAGAUACACACGUCACCUACAGAAUCGUGAAUUACACGCCAGACCUGACAGAACAAGAGGUAGACGACACUAUUGCCCGGGCCUUAAAACUCUGGAGCGAUGUUAGUGCUCUGACCUUGGUCAAACUGAUCGAAGGAGAUGCUGAUAUCAUGAUAUCGUUUGGGAAAUGCGAUCACGGGGACAAAUACCCGUUCAAUGGAACAGGUGGGGUUCUGGCUCAUGCAUUUUUUCCUGGCACAUCCUCUCUAAAUGGCGACACUCAUUUUGAUGAAGACGAAACAUGGACCUUGACCAAAGACAGAUAUAACCUUUUCCUUGUUGCGGUUCAUGAAUUUGGCCAUUCACUGGGACUGACGCACUCAAAUAGUUCAUCUUCUAUUAUGAACGCAUACUAUCAUUAUGUCGAUACCGAUGGGUAUAGCCUCCCAGAGGAGGAUGCCAAACGAAUCCAGGACUUGUAUGGAGAAGACGUAAACUAAUACAAAAGAACCACAGCAAAAACCGAACAUUUGGAUUAAUGAUAUGUGUGUUGUCUUAAGAACUGCAAACAUUUAACUAUCAAAGCAUUAUAAUUUCAAACCAGACAGAUUUGAUUAUGUGUGAUUGUUUUGUUAGGGAAAAGGGAACUAAAAGGUUUAUAAUCUCAAACAUAUUUUAAAAAAUGGCUAAUAUCUUUCUGUGAUGAUUAAUCUUGCAUUCUGAUAUGAAAUAUAUAAAUCAUAAUUUUGGAUUGAAACUGCAUAACGUGCAUGUCACUGCAGUAUUAAUAUGCUAGAUUUCCAUCGUUUAAAUAAAGUACUAAUAAUAAAGAGCUGCUUCAUAUAUUUUGAUAGUAAUUCAAUUGUUUGCAGAACUGUACCUAAUGCUGUUUUCACAACCAGUGAUUUGGUUCAAGAUAUGAAUAGGGAUUGCUAUAAUUACUGUGCUCCUAAACUGAUAGAUCUGAAUCAGUUAAACAUAUUUCCUGUUCAUACCUUUUACAACUUUAUUAUUGCUGAACAACUUAAAAAUCUAAUCCUAUAUCAUUUGAAAUUAAAACAUGAUUCUUGACAUUGUGCCGAGAGACGAGAAUUAAAAAUCUUGCAGAUA